UAGUUGGCUAACGGCAGCAACCGAAAGCAGAGGAGCUUUGUCGUCCGGGUUACUUCACCUGGCACACGCACUUAAUCAGCCUCAACCGGGGACUCAAAUAAUACAAUACAAGACGUCGAAACUACGGGGAAGUGAGGGUUAUCGAAGGACAGUUGUUAGGCGAAAAGAAGCUGCAUAAAAUCGGCAGCUAUCUUUGUUACCAACUCCGCGCAUACGUAGUUUUAGCUCGCUAGCUAACUACGCUAGCUCGCGAAGAAAGGCCGUCGAGUUGACCCAGCGUCAAUUAUUAAAGAGAUAGCGGAAUCACCCUGGCAUAUCACGGUUGCCCCUCACUGCUUGGAUCGGAAAACCUUCAAAUCAAAGAGAACAUCGAGAGAGGAUGGCUCUGAAAAGGAUCCACAAGGAGCUUAACGACCUGGCUCGUGACCCUCCAGCACAGUGCUCGGCAGGCCCAGUGGGUGAUGACAUGUUUCACUGGCAAGCCACGAUCAUGGGACCUAGUGACAGUCCAUAUCAGGGAGGUGUUUUCUUCUUGACAAUUCAUUUUCCAACAGACUACCCCUUCAAACCACCCAAGGUUGCUUUUACAACAAGAAUUUACCACCCAAAUAUUAACAGUAACGGCAGUAUCUGUCUGGAUAUUCUCAGAUCACAGUGGUCUCCUGCACUUACUAUUUCUAAAGUUCUUCUCUCCAUUUGCUCACUCCUAUGUGACCCAAACCCCGAUGACCCACUAGUGCCAGAGAUCGCACGAAUCUACAAAACAGAUAGUCAAAGGUACAAUAAACUAGCUCAGGAGUGGACAGCCAAGUAUGCCAUGCUUUAGGAUACACCAGAAUGGCAAAAGACUGGACACACAAAUACGCUAUGUGAUGGCAUCAUUUGGAAAGCUGGUGGAAAAUGUUGUUGCUGGUUCAAACAAAACAAAAAUCCGGGAUUCUGUUUUUUUCCUUUUUCACUUUUUUUUUUUCUUUUCUUUUUUGGGUUAAUCGGAGCGUUUUACCCCCUCCUUUUUCCACCUGCGCGCUCAUAAGAAGAUAGUGUUUUCUCUCUAGGACAUGUGCCAGUUUCUGUGAAGUUUCGACUCAUUUUGUACGGAGUUAAAAAAAAAAAGGAAAAAAAAAUAAAGUCACCAUGGUUCUGAACACCCGGCUUGAGCAUGCACCAGUAAGAGUUGGUGAUGUUAGUCAUUUGCUCUGCACACACUUAGUAGAAUCUGAUGCGACUGGUCUCCUGAGCACUAUAUCAACCUCCUAAUGAUCCAGUUGUUUUAACUGGCUUGGUCCUGUGCCGUUGAUAUUUACUUUGGCGUUAAGCUGGAUUUCAGAGCACUUCUAGAAAAGCCAGUCUUUUGCCAUACCUGUAAAUUCUGAAUUUGAAAGUUUCAAAUUGGUAAAAUUCUGCUGCGUUUUUUUUUAUUUUGAAAGUGGUAAAAUCUGAAAUGGGGGGAGGGGGGUGGAUGGCCAGGUAUCUGCAUCCUGGACUGGUGUGAUGUCAGUUUGUUCUACCGAUCUUUAGUAUAGGAAUCUAUUACCUGAGGAAAGAAGUGUAUCUUAUUCCACUGUCAAAGUGUGUGUACAGAGAAGCACAGCAGUAUAUAUCAAUGUUAAGGAAACAAAAUAUAAGAACUUCAAUGUUGUAUUUUAUGCAUGUUAAUAUGGGUAGGCUAUUAUAUCUGAUAUGUUUCUGCAAAUUAAGUGGAUUGUAAGGCUGAACAGUUGGAAAAAUGUGGUUCCCCUCAAUGGCUUUCUAUUUCUUUAUUUAGAAGCCAGUAGAUUAGUUUUAUGCCCACUCGAACACUGUCUUCUUGUAGCCCUAAAAUAUUGAUGCAAAGCUAAUGGUUGAUAAUCAACUUGUGGCUCUGUGUUCUUUUUAGUUUUCCUUUCAAUAAAGUUACUUAAAACCAUA